UGAAGAGAGUAUCAUUUAACUGGCACAGAAGACACUUUUACUCGUCGGUGUCACAUCACGAUCAUACUUACUACAAUGAGCGGGAGAGGGAAACCACGAAGCGUGCGCGCAAAGAGUCAUGAACCAGCGGAUGCCAAGAAUCCGGUUCGGGCCAAGAGUGCGCGGCAACCUCCAAAAGAACCAGUGAAAGACACUAAGAAAGAAACGCAACAGAUCAUUGAUGAAAACAAAUCCAAGAAAACCAAGGAGCAUAAGCAGCCUAAGCGCACCACUGAGGGAAAGCCACCUGUGCCACAUGAGAGCGUAGAAGUUAAAACCGGAUCAAGGAUGGUCAGAAAAGGUUACAACUUUGACUCAAAUCCGGAUAAAAUCCUGUUUACAACCCUUGACCAAUUGAAGAUUAAGAAGAAACAGAAAUCGGAAUCAGCAAGUAUUGUCAAUGACUUGGUAAAGCGUAUUAAGGACCACAUGAAAAAGUGUACGGAAUGCUUCAAAGAUGUAAAUGAUCUGCGCACUGGAAGUUACUACGAGAAUUUAAAGAUUUCUAAUCCCGACGAAUUUGACGUGAUGUUGACUGUGCCUGUCGAGCGGGUGGACAUUCGGCCGUUUGGGGAUGAUGGGGCGUUUUACAGCGUGGCAUUCAAACGAGGAAAACACUCUUUGGAUCGCUUUCUAGAUGAAGACAACACAAUAUCUGCCAGUGGAAUGCUUACCGAGUUCAGAAACGAGGUUAAAAAGUGUGUGAAGAUACUCAGAGGCGUGGGGUUGGAGAAGAAGAAGAAGGGUUGCCCGGCGGUGACCUUACUGAUAAACGGGACGGGAAUGGUCCCUAUCUCACUGGACAUUGUUCUGGGGCUUGAGGUCCGCUCGAGCUGGCCCACUUUCACCCAGGGAGGCAUAGACAAAAUAGACAUCUGGCUCGGGACCAAAGUGAAGAAAGAACAAAAGCUUAAGGGGUACUACCUCGUUCCGAAGUACGAGGGAAAGGGCACGGUGGAACGGGAAGGGGUCUGCGCUAGAGACAUAUGGCGCAUCUCAUUCUCGCACGUGGAGAAGAGUAUCCUAACAAAUCAUGGCUCCCAGAAGACCUGCUGCGAGGCCAACGGGACUCGCUGCUGCAGGGUUUCCUGGACCCUAGGCCACAAAACAUUUUUCCCAUGUGUGCAACUUCUGAAGUACUGUCUGAAGCUUCUGAAGCACCUGUUGGGCUUGCUGAAGGCAGAGAACCCUAGUCUGUCCAAGUUCUGUUCCUACCAUGCCAAGACCACCCUGCUCCACGCCUGCUGCUCCAGGACCCAGGACAGCGACUGGGAGGCGGUCCGGCUGGGACCCUGCUUCCAGCAGCUGCUGGAGGACUUUGAAGGCCAUCUGAAACACAGCAUGCUCCCCAACUUCUUCAUCCCCACACACAACCUGCUGGGCUCCGGUCACGACCGCAAGAGCUGCCAGUUCCUGGCCCGGCGCAUCGAGGAAGAACGCAACAAUGGUUUCCCCAUCUUCCGCAAGUGAGUCUGUACUACCUCGAUCACCUCCCCUUAGUGACUCACCCAGAGGCCCAAUAGGCAUAAGUGGAGUACAGCGGUUGUCCCAUAAUGUUGUCUAUUCUAAAAGCAAAGGCAUAGGCAGGAGGAAUUGAAGAGCAGAGGAGUCAGAAGUUUGAUUUAAUUAAGAUCUUACUUGAACAGUUUUGAGUGAGAGCCAACUGCUCCUCCAACAAAUUAUAAAAGGUAAUGUAGCUCUUUCCUGCAGUCAAUGACCAAAAGUGCCCUCUUUGACGUCAUGGGUGGAAUGUUAUUAAUAUUUUUUAUAAUUUCAUUAUUAAUAAAGAUUAUUUCUUUUUUUCGACGAAAAUCAAGUGUUUCUAUGUCAAACUGUUUUGUUAUAUUUCAGUCUUCUGUGAUGUAUAUAAGUGUAAUAUUGGUAUGCAAAGUCAAAAAUUAUUACAUUUGAACUCUAUAUCUGA